ACCUAGGUACGUUUCGAAGCGCCUAGCUGAAAAGUCUUCGAGUUGUAGGAUGCACUAGCCAUAGUCUAGCCUCUGGGUUCUAGCCUGAGACGAGAACCUAACCGCGACGGCAGACGAGACGGUUGGAAUACGCAAGAUAUAUCAGGUGCCUGGCUCCACCCCAUCAUGGCAAAUCAUGGGCAUCGUGUGGCCUCCCCAAGAGAUGCAAACGCUCCGACCAGUCUGGCUGCCCAUGAUGGAGGCCAGCAAGGGGUGUUGUUUCUCCUUAGCGGGCUGGCGGAAAAUAGCAGUGCUGAACGGCCUCGCAAUGGUACUCAUAUCCAUCCGCCUCAUAAUGUGUCUGUCGGUAUCCUCGUCUAAACUCGCG